UCGGCAUAGCCCUGGCCAUCGUUUUCCCGAGUCUGUUUCUUAUUUUUGUCGUCGCCGUUGUGGUCGUCGUCGUGUGUCGUCGUCAGCGUGCUAGAAGAGCUGCUGCUCAUGUGACGUACAUUGGAGGCGCUCUACAAGCAGCCGGUCAAGUUCAUGUUGCUGUCGGUGUUACUCCGAUGGGUCCUUCUGUGAUGUACCCUUCUACCGUUUAUUCUCCCGAAAGUCAUCAGUCUGCGAUUUAUCGUCCUGCAGGUCAUUCUCCGCCUCCUCCUCCGCCUCCACCACCGUCUUCGCAGCAAUAUUCGGGUGAUGACAAGAAUGCAGAUUUGCCGCCGCCAUACUCUGUGGCCACCACAUCAUCUGACGACUCAGUUGCUACCGCUGGCGUUUAUCCACCUUCGAAGCUCUAUAACUUACGCUUGGAUGAUGCGCCAUCUCAACCCGACCCUCGUCCAUCCUCCUCCGAUUAUUAGGUUAAGUAACUCCCUGGAUCGAUUGUUGUCGGUUCACUGUCUUGAGGAGGACAUGCAUGCUCAGUGAGCACAAACGAUAGAAUCGAGCGUAUGUAGCCAGUGGACUUGAGCGAGCUACUUCAUUGCUGUGAAGUUGAACUCACUUUAACUAGUGUACUUACCUGAAGUGAAAAAGAGCAAUACUAUUUCAUCUACUAUAUAUUGUAUUAUUACUUUGAUAUUCCUUCAACGAAUCAA